UAAUUGUAUGGAUUUUCAAAGAAUGUGAAAAAAAUGAAAAUCGAAGUUUUGAGGCUUACUUAUUUGUUUAUUUUAUAUAAGGUGGCUUGGGACUCAGAGCUGUUUUUGACAAUGACGUCGCAGAGUUUACAGCUCGCGUAUUUUGUUGUCCUUUCGCCUUUGACCUGUCCCCAAGUUCACUUUGUCUAAAUUUUAAUGUUUUUAAUUUGUCGGUGAACUUUGACAGUCGCGCCCCCGGAAGACUGUCAAAAACCUGAUCUUCCGACACCGGUGGUUAGCUCUGGACUUUGUGUAUUGUAAUUGUAUUGUUCGAAGAAACAGCAGAGGCAGAGGCUGUACUGGUAACUCAAGUCCAAGAUUUUCACAACUCUCUUCGUGUGUGUGGACAGACUCGCAGCUUGUACACAACUAUGAAGCUCUACGACCGAGAACAGUACUGGAACGACCGCUGCAUGCCUGAAGAGACUAAAUUUGACAAGAUCCUGAUUGCCAACCGCGGAGAAAUUGCGUGUCGAGUCAUCAAGACAUGUCAACGUCUGGGCAUCAAGACAGUUGCUGUGCACAGCUCGGCCGACUCCUUAGCGGUGCACACCCGUAUGGCUGACGAGGCCAUCUGCAUCGGGCCGGCCCCCACCAGCGAAAGUUACCUCCGCAUGGACAAGAUUCUGGAGGCUGUGAAGGAGAGCGGUGCUCAGGCGGUGCACCCAGGCUACGGUUUCCUCUCAGAAAACACACAGUUUGCGGCGGAGUUGAAAGUACUGGGCGUCUCGUUUGUGGGACCCAACAGUGAAGCCAUCCAUGCCAUGGGGGACAAGAUUGAGAGUAAACGCAUCGCGGAGAAGGCUGGCGUCAACAUGAUCCCAGGUUUUGAUGGUGCCAUCACGGAUGCCGACCACUGCGUUAAACUGGCCAACGACAUCGGUUACCCUGUGAUGAUCAAGGCCUCUGCCGGAGGAGGAGGAAAAGGCAUGAGAGUGGCUCGCAGUGACGAAGAUGCCAGACUGGCGUUCCGACUGUGUACCCAGGAGGCCAAGUCCAGCUUCGGUGACGACAGGAUGUUGAUCGAAAAGUACAUCGAGAACCCCCGGCAUAUCGAGAUACAGGUACUGUGUGAUAAAAAAGGCAACAGUCUUUGGCUCAACGAGAGAGAAUGUUCCAUACAGAGGAGAAUGCAGAAAGUCAUCGAGGAGGCUCCCAGUGUAUUCUUGGACCCUGCGACUCGCCGAGCCAUGGGAGAACAAGCCUGCCAGCUGGCCAAGGCUGUGGGUUACGACUCUGCUGGCACGGUGGAGUUCCUGGUGGACAAGGACAAGAACUUCUACUUCCUGGAGAUGAACACACGUCUGCAGGUGGAGCACCCGAUCACAGAGAUGAUCACCGGCGUGGACAUCGUCCACCAGAUGCUGCGGGUCGCUAAAGGUCACUCCCUCCUGCACAAGCAGGCGGACAUUCCCAUCGAGGGCUGGGCGAUGGAAUGUCGGGUCUACGCUGAGGACCCCUUCAAGAACUUUGGCAUGCCGUCCAUUGGACGUCUCUCUCGCUACAUGGAGCCCCUGCAUCUGCCAAAUACUCGUUGCGACAGCGGUAUCACCGAGGGCAGCGACAUCAGCAUCUACUAUGACCCCAUGAUCUGCAAACUGGUCACCUAUGGCCGCGACCGAACUUCUUGUAUGGAGACUAUGAUCAAAGCUCUAGACUCUUACAUCAUCAAAGGUGUCACCCACAACAUCCCACUCUUGCGAGACAUCUUGACAGAGUCGAGGUUCGUGUCUGGUGAUGUGAGCACCAACUACCUCCCCGAAGUAUUUCCCGAAGGGUUCAAAGGCAAACAGCUGACAGUCAAAGACAAGCAGGAGUUGUCUGCAAUGGCGUGCGCCAUCUUCCUGAAGGACACGAACAGAUCCAGAGCUUUCCUCAACCAGAGCAGGAUUAUGCCAGUUGAGGAUGCCAGGAAGAAGUGGACCUUGAAUGUGCUCAUCAACAAGGCGAGGUUCCAUGCUGAAGUCAACACAAUCGAUGGUGGUUACAAGGUUGUCGUUGCAGAUGACGUGUUCGAGGUGAAGGGAGACCUGACAUUCUCCACCCCACUCAUCACGGCCACGGUCAAUGGAGAGGAGAGAUUGCUGCAGGUUCAUCAAAAGCUGGGAGGAGGACAGUACGACCUGCGAUUCCAUGGCACACUAUUCACGGUCAGCGUGAUGAAUGACCUGGCCUAUCAGCUGAGCCAGUACAUGCCUGAGAAGAAGGAAGUGGACACAAGUACCAUGGUCCUAGCUCCCAUGCCUGGUGUUCUCAAGUCUGUCAAUGUCUCUGCUGGUGAUGCUGUGGCCGAGCACCAGGAGGUCUGUGUCCUUGAAGCCAUGAAGAUGCAGAACUCUCUCGUCAGUGCCAAGGUCGGGAAGGUGAAGAAAGUGAACUACAAGACAGGGGACACGGUCAAUGAGGGUGAUGUCAUCGUAGAACUGGAGUAGACGGAUGGACUGACAAACAAAGUCCCACCACGACAGCUAGAAAACCCCGCGCACUCCCAUACUACUCGGAGCAGUCUGCUGCUAACCAUAUCGUAAAGCUGCUGACUGGAACCUCUUUAUAUGUUGUGAACUUAGCACAAAGCUUUUUUGUACAUAGAUCAUUCUGUGCGCGUCUUGUAUUGUGUUUGUUUCUCGUUUUGGUUUGUUUGUCUCUUUCUGUGUUGUCGUUCUCUUUUUUCCUAAACAAUCAGCUGGCCACAUGGGUGCUAAUGUCGCCCUGUCUGUUUGUUUUCUUUCCUCGAACCAGUUGUAAAAAGGUGCCAUGGCCUGUACUGUGAUCAGUGAUCCAAAUGUCUGUCGGCGUGAUACAUUUUUUCUGUGACUUGCUCAACAAAUCCUAUAUCCUGCCGUGUCUCUGGUUAGCUCUCUCCGACCUUUGACCCACACUCUGGCUGGUGGAGAAUGUUGCUUUAUGUGAUUGUUCAUUCAUUGGAAAAAUGGGUAAUGAUAAUUUUGCUUCAACCUUUUCGUGCAUACAAGAAAAAAUAUUGAUACGAUGAAAAUAACAGCGCUCCACACAGUUGUUAUAAAGGCUAAAUAAAAUAGACAUCGGAAGUCGAUUGAACAACAAUAUUAUUUGCAUCUCUUCCCCCUCCAAAAGACAUCAACAAAACAAAAAACACAGUAACAAAAAUAUAGGUACACUUCUUGAUAUGGGCAUGCACACAGGAUUGUUCCAAUAUGAGCCAAGGGAUACCAGAAGGUUAAACAGAUUCUACAUUGUUAUGUGCUAGUUUCAUGAAGGGGUCACACUUAAAAAUUUAAUGAAUAGUUGUAGAGUUAAUCCAUCUGCCUCUCACCCACCCUUUCCUCUGCCUGUUUUUGUUCUUGUUUUGAUUUUUUUUUUUUUGAUUGUUGUUUUUGAUUGUUGUUUUUGUUGGGGGUUUUUGGGGGUUUUCGUUAAGACUUGAAAAUUACGUACACAGCAUUUCUGUAUUUUAUUCCUCAUCAUUGAUGUGCAAAGUGCACACGGUCGAUUUGUGUGUAAAAUGUUUUUUCUUUUGUUUAUGGUGGAAGAGGGCACACAUUUUUAUUUACAACGAAGUUUAUUGGAUUUUCUGAAAGAUAAUUUUCCUAAGUUGGUUGAUUGUUUUGCAUUAUGCUCCUCAUAUUUCUAUCUGCUUUAUGUGUGGGUGAUUGGCGGGCUCUUUGGUGUUGUUUUCUCCUUUGUUCCUAUUAAACAUCUGUCACCCUUAUCUCUCCUUCUUUUCAUUGUAUGUUGCUUAUUAGAAAUACCUCUAAUCUUCGGCACUCUUAAGAAAUAUUUGUGUUGCUAGUAUGCUUGUGUCAUAAAACUUAACAACAACAAAAAAAAAGUUGUCUUGCUUUAAGUAUCCUACAAUCACUAUGUCUCUAAAACUGCACGUAUAGUCAGUGAGAUUUGCCAUAUAUUUUUUUUCUCUGUUUGUGUUGUGGCUCUUUUUGGGUUUUUAAAAAUGUUCCUGCGCUGUGAAUUGUGCUGUGAUUGUUGAUAUGUAACUUUUUGGCGACUUUGCCCUGGCCGUAUCUCCUCAGAUCUUAGUUUGCAUCAACGUGUCUUACAAGACUCGAGACUUUGGUUUAUAAUACUUCCUCACUGCGUUGGUAAUCAGGGUUGUUUUGUUUUGCUUGCUCACUUGGAUAAAUUAUACCUUUUUUGAAAAUUCUACACUAUAUGCACUUGUUAACAGUGGAAUACUAUUUUUAGACUGUUUGGCCAAUAAUUGCAUUUUCUUGAUGGCUUUAAAUGACUCAAGUCAUGAUUUUUUAAAAGAGGAUGAUAAAUGACAGAUUUGUGAAGGAAUUUUCUUUUUUUUCUGAACGAUUAUACCUACAUUUAAGGGGGGAAAAAAGAAUUAUUUUACGUUUGCGACACAGAGUUUGACUGCUGUGGUUGUGUAGUUAUUUUGUGUACAGUGUUAUGAAUAGUGACAUACCCACAAACGUUUGUUGUUUGCAUUUACCCCAUGCCAUUUGUUCUACUCGUGCGUCUCUAAACUUGUGUGAUGUAUUUGAGGUUGAUGGAAUGACAGAUAUGUUUUUUUUUGUGUUCUAUAAAUGAUAAAUGCAUCCUUUUCGUGUUCUAUAGAUAACAGACACGUCCUUUAUAUGUUCUGUAGAUGAUAGAUUUAUAUGUUCUGUAGAUGAUAGAUACAUCUUUUUUGUGUUCUGAAGAUGAUAGCUUUAUCCUUUAUGUCUUCUAUUGAUGAUAGAUGUGUCCUUUUUACGGUCUAUAGAUGACAGAUGUGCUCUUUUUGUGAGUUUAGUGGAAUGUUGAACCCGUACAAAGACAGAGCAUUUAUGUAAACUGUGUCUUGUGCUCUCCUUGCAUGUCAUCAGACGGUAAAUAUCAGACUUAUUUUAUUUUUUUCCAAAGAGGACAUUGUCAUCCACUAGAUAUUAUAGAAGCCAAGGCUUCAGCUCCAGGUUGUAUCAGUCACGCUUUGGACUCGGCACAAGGCCGAAAAGUCGGGAACAGAUACUACUCUUUGAUCUUACCCGAAUGGCAGAGAAACGAAUGGUAGAAUGGUAGAUACCAAACUCAAUCCCUCCAGGAGGCCAGACUGAUACCACACUUCAAGUUUUGGGCUGAAAUGGAUAAACACUCAUUGGGCAGUGGAAAAUGAAACCUUUUUAAAACAAACAUGAAAUGGAUGAAAAGUUUAAACAUUAACAAAUGAAUACGUACCAAUUUUCACUGGUAUGUCUAUUUGUCAGAGCUGGAUGCUCAGCACCUUCUCUCGGCAAAAGUUGGUUUGUGUUUGGGUUAAGGCUCUGUGUUGUGGAGAUUCUCAGGAUGGACAAACGAAAAUUCUCUGGCAGGCCAAAUUUAAUUGUUCACCAAACCAUAUGUGGCCCUCAGGCCUUGAGUUUGACAACUCUGAGCUGUAGGAUAUAGAAUGCGGUUGAGAUAGUAGUAUGAAUAUAUACAGGUAUCUGUCAUGUUGAUACAAAUGUCAAUAUUGUGGAUACAAGUAUCUCUAUCGACGGACAAAACGUGGUGGAUGGGACCGGGUGAAGGUUAGCUCAGGGACCAAGGUAAUUUUUAACGCAGGUUUUUGGCUGAAUUCUUUUUCUUAAGUUUGUAAAGAAAUAUAGUGGAUGUAAAAUUUUUGCAGUUUUCUUUAACAGAGGCGUUAGUUUUCUGCACAUGGCAGAAUUCAUCCUAUUGAGAUUUAUUUCACUUUUAUCGUUUAUAUCAUUGUCAGAGUCAUUAUUUUCAGUACAUUGAAAAAUUCAUCAACCUUUUUUUAAAACUUUUUCUCCCUGCAUACAACAUUGACAGUUGUUGGGGGGGGGUUUUUGUCUUGAAGAAAAGUGGCCUUUUUUUGGGGUGCGCCUUUUUUUCCGUUCUAUUGUUUUAUUUAUACUCAUCCUUGUUUAUAGCAGUGAAGCCAUUUGUUGAGUGCGGCCCCGCACACACAGUCAUGAUCCUUGCCCAUCCACCCACGUUUGUUUUUUUUGCCAUUGACAUCAGGGGUGCCCAUCUUUUUUUUUUUCAAACUGAAGUCAGGUUCUUUCAAGGCCUCUCGAAGCAUUUGUAUUCAGAGCAUAUCCUGAGUAUUCAGUGGGGUGAGUGCCGGAGUGGAUGUUAGGCAGACUCAGGUAAGGAUGUCCUGUAAAUGUAAUUUUUUUAAAUGAUACAGACUUCGAGCAAAUGCUUUGAGGGAUCGUGCUGUUUUUGUGUUUUUAAAAUGUUUUUAUACACAUCGAAGGAAGAUCUGGUGAAUGUUUGAGUUAUAAAUGUGAUUGUGUUUAGCGUGCUGUAAGUUGUUGUUGGAGUUGUCUCAGAAAGGGGAAGGACCCUGGAUCUUAUCCCCGGCAGUUUUUUUAUCUUGGGCGGGGUUAUUGGGAAUGUGAAAUAGACAGUAUUCAAGCAGAUGGGCAUUAAAGUAAUCAAUCCUUACAGUGCUUAAAUGGGGUGCAAAAAACCUUGUUUGAGUGGAGUUCUGAAUGCUAUGGAUCUGCCUUGUUGCUUGCUACAGAGGGGCGUUCCUGUAUGUUUUGGAUCCGCUUUGCUGUAUUCCAAAUUCCAAUCAUGCCAGUAGGUGCUCUGCAUUCCAUUUCGGUGGCCAUUUCUUUGUGCUGAGUGUUAGAAACGUUUUUAGGAACAUAGUUACUUCCUUCAAGUGGAUGGUACAUGGUCGCCACGGUAAUAUAUAUAUUGUCUGCGUUUCAUGAUAUUUAACUUGCUACUAUUCUCAAAUGUGUCUUUGACUAUCAAUUUCACCUUCUGUCCUGUUAAAAUAAAAUCAACAAGAAGUAAUUUACUCAGAAAAGGUUAUACAUGUAGUCCUGCGACUAACCAAUUACAGAAGAUGUCUGAUCUUUGAAGUUUCAUUUUUACUCAAGAAUGUGCUUUUCAGAUUUAAAACUCUUGUGUACAAGGAAUAAAGAUUUGAGAAUAACAAUUUAUUUGCAAAAUAUCAUUAAUUUGUGAGUGGACUAUUGUAGUUUGUACACUAUUACUUAGAUCUGUAUAGGGUGUAGUGCAAGUAAUUGUUGUAUGCUGAUUUGAUUCAGGUUGAGAUUAACCUAUGUUCCAUUAAUCACGAUGCUAUUUCGUGUUUUGUAAUGCUCAUUGGUAAGAAAUGUUUUGUCUAAUACAUGACAGUGUGUGUCUGUCUGUUGAAUAAAUGACAGCUGGCAGCGUAUGUCUUGGUUUUUAGGAACCAGUCGCAUGUCCAGUUUGCUUAGAUGAAGAAGUUGUCUUUCAACUUUAAAUUAAAUGUGAGUGUUUGGAGGGCACUCCGGUGUGGUUUGCUCAUUCUUUCCAAUCAAACAUUUUCUCUUCCUCCUUUCUUUUGUAUGCUACUCUCUAGUAACACCUCUAAUCUUUGGCACUUCUAUUUAUCUGUCUGUCUUGCUUCUUCUCUGCUCUAUAAGAUCAUUAUAGUGUCAAUGUGAUUCUCUUUUCCCAAACACAAAAACCUUUCUUUACUUUUUUAGGGGCUACUGCAUUGUUGGAGCUUCCUUAUAAGUCUGUGCAUCUAAUACUGUUGAACCACAUUUCUGUGCCUUCCAUGAUUUUACUGUUCAAGUACAAAAGAAAAACUAAGGUCUGGUUCCAUUGUGUAGGGAACAAUAUUAUGUUGUUUGUUAUGAUAGUGGGACAGUAGGGUGUUCACCUGAGUGAAGCGUUGACAGUGAGAGCAGCAGGUUAUAAAGGUAUGUGAAUGGAUUCCUUUGUGUACGUCUGUGAUCAGAUGUGGUAUUUGGUUCUUUUUUUAAAUGAAUGCACCUCCACUAGCCUAUGUAUCGUUUUCAUAACAUGUCGAAUUUUGAAAUUUCAAAAAGAAAAAAAUUUCUUGACGGUAUGCAACACACAGCACGGAUUAAGAAACUGCAACUUUAAAAAAAAUGUUUCUUUAAUUAAUUCUUAAAAUUUUGGGCUUACCAGAUCUACGUCUGAACAGCCUGAUGAUGAAAUGUGCUCUGUUGUGAUGCAUGGAAUUUUUAUCUAUGUGCUUAAAAGAAGGUCCCUACAUCUGUAGAUGAUUUUGGUAGCCCACAAUUACAUAUAUCUAUACUGUGGCAUUGAUAGUUCAGUGGUUAGACUGUUGGGCUCGCAACCGAAAGGUCAUGGGUUCUCACCCCAUCAGAGCCCAACAUUGUGUCCUUGGGAAAGGCACUUUACAUGAAUUUUCUUUGCUUCAAACAGGUGGGAAUAGGUACUCAGGCAUAGACAGUGAAAGAUCUUGUCAGUUUGUCAAUAUUUAAGGGCGUGCAUUUUGCAGCUUGCACUUUAGGCUUCCGGGAAAACCCAAGAUUGUUUAUGAGUCAUGUUCUAAGGUCUUCUGAGGUAGUUGUAAAUUGCAUAGAGCAUGCUUCAGAGUGUGGAUAGGCACUAUGUUGAUGCAGUUAUAAUGAUUCUGAUAAAUACUAUUAUUGUUAUUAUAUUACUAUCAGGCGUAUUAUAAUUAUAAGUAUUAUUGUUAUUAUUAUAUUAUUAUUAUCAUUUUAAUUAUUAUUAUUAUUAUUGUUUUUACAAGUAUUAUUCUGUACUUGUUCUUAGAGGUUUUCUUAAUCCCAUGUGUAAAUCGGCUGGCUCUGUAUGUGCUGUUUUGUUUGUCAAUGUGCCUUUUGUAAUGUCAGAGUGACUUGCUCUUGUGGCACGAGUGUGUUGUCGCUAGUGUGUCGAUUCUAGUGUGUUGAUGAAUUGAGUCCUCUGUCAAUAACAACGAAUGAGUAACUGGAUCCAAUCAGAGUUGCAUGUGUGUGUGUGUGUAGAUGUGUGUGUUUUUGUGUCUCUAUGUGUGUGUAUGUUUACGUGUGUGUGUGGGUUUGUGCCUAUAUGUGUGUCUGUGUGUGUUUGUGUUUUGUCAACACAUAUAUUAAUCUACUACAGAACAGUGGCAGUUUUGUGAAUAAAAUUAAACGAAUCAGAAACUCGUGAUCCUA